CAGAAAUUAAAAUCGAAAAUGGAAGAAAUCGAACUGCAACUUCAAAUCAAUUUCAGUUAAACGAACUGUAGAGUUGCAACGGAGAAGAUACUCUGGUUACAAGCUCCUUAUAUCUCUUUGCAUGCAUCUGAUUCAGCCCGAAGCUUUAAAUCAUCAAGCCUCUACUCAAGAACCCUAAUCCAUUGAAGCCCGAAACAUUCUCCAGUCUCGGCUCUCUCUCUCUCGCCAUUUCUCGCGACAAGAAGAUAAAAAAGUGAACCCUGCAGCAUAUAUCAUCACUUGUUCGGCGCGACUCUUUCUCAAUCCUGUUCAGGUGGUAAAUUGACUUUAUACUUUAUGGAUGGCUGCUAUUCGGUCGUCACAAGUUUUUGUCAACCCCCAAGAACAAUAUCUUGGGUUUCAAGGCACAGAAGAAACAACGUCAAGAUCUACAGAAUCAGAAUCAUCCACCUCCCUUUUGGUUCGGCACCUUCCUGAAGCAAUUCCUCAUGAUACCCUCUCUCGACUCUUCUCACACUAUGGUGCUUCUGCUGUUCGUCCCUGUUCAGGUGGCAGAUUGAGAAAUUGUGCAUUUGUGGAUUUCAAAAAUGAAGCAUUGGCUUCUCAAGCACAACGUCAGUUAAAUGGGCUGAGGUUUCUUGGUAAAGUCUUAUCUGUUCGGAGGGCUAGUAAGCAGGCUGAACAAACUGAGGCUCAAGGUAUGAAGGAUUUUAAACAGUCAACAUCUAAAAUGAAGGAUGCUACUUUGAUCAGAGAUAUUGGUAGUAGUUCAAAACCAGGGUCUGUUUUUGCCGAUGAACCAAUUGCUGCAAGACUUGGUGUAGAAUAUCCAUUUCCUCCUCACCUAGAAUAUGCCUAUCCACCACCAGAUGGAAAUAUUCUGACCAACAUUGUCAAUGCUCUUAUAGCUGUUCCCCGCUUUUACACCCAGGUGUUGCACCUGAUGAACAAAAUGAAUAUUCCAGCUCCAUUUCGUAUGGCUCUACCCACACCACCUCUGCCACCUUCAGCACCUGCACCACUCUCUCCUCCACCACCGCCUUCAAAACCUAACAUGGCAGAUCUAUCUAGUGGUGAGUCAGAGAUGGAGUCUUCAGAUGAGGAGGUUGACGGUGAAGAUCAUUCUCUUCGAGUAGUGAAACCUGGAAGAAAGCGUGCGAGGCCAGAAGUUAUUUUAGGCCCUGCAGUUGAUAAAGAUGUGGUUCAUGAGGCUGUUGGAGUGAAGUCAGUCACCUUGAUGCCGAAAGAAAUACCAGUUAUAAAGAAGAAGAAUCCUGUAGUACAGAUAAAAAUUUCCCACAAAGUGACACAGGUUGAACAUAAAGAUGAAAGUGGUCACAAAGAAAAUGUGGAGGAGCCCAACAAAGAGAACUCAGACCUUAAAGCAUUUGUAACUCAAGCGGAACUAGAGAGUGGAAAGUUACCUCCGGAGGAAAUUCUCUCGCUUCCUAUGUUUAAGGUAUUGGAACCCACAUAA